AUGACAUCUAAUCCACAAUUCAACCAACAAAAUCCUCCUCAAAUAAUCUAUGUCCAACAGCCUCCCUCUGCAGGUGCUGCUGCUGCUUCUUCUUCUCAGCAAGAAUCCGGGACAUCCAUGUCAGAUGGUAAACUAAUUUUGUGGGUCUUUUUUUUUGUUUGUUGUUUCCCCAUCUCACUUUGCUUUAUUCCAUGUUUUAUGCGCAGCUACAAUGAACGCAAACAAAUGGGACUUACCCAACAACAACAACAACACCCUCCAGGUACUGUUGUUGCACAACAACCAGCAAGAGUAAAUGAUCCUAGUACAGAUCUGGAAAAGGGAUAUAUGAAUCAGCAGCAGCCAAUUCAGACUGGAGGAUAUAAUACUCAGCAACAACCAAUGCAGACAGGAGGAUAUAAUACUCAGCAUCCAUGA